UGAUGUAUUUCCAUCGCGAGUUAAUUCAAAUAGAAUUAUUAAAUUAAAAGUUCGCUAAUUAAGCAGUUGCAUGAGUUGUAAUCAUUGAAAAUUUGAGGCAAAGGAAAACCUAUACAAAUGAAUUAAAUUAAGUAAUAAGCAAGUAGAACGAACGAGAAGCGAAAUGGAAGUUCAACAACUACCACAACAGAGUGUACAAAUAAAUCUUAAUAAUAAAAUCAUAACGUUGCAUAACGUAACUAUCGUGAAAAAUCCAAGAAUUGUUAAAGUUGAUGCUGCACAAUACUCUAAUUUAUUGAAAGGUGCAGUCAGCGGAAAUGGACAACAAAUUAAAUUUGUUAAUGGUGGAGCGGUUAAUGUCAAACUUCCAAUGCCAUCAUUAGUUCCUAUGAAAUCAGCUAAUUCAGCAUUAAUCAGGACAUCACCGUCGAUCCUUUCAUCAAAUCACAAUUCACUGAAUAAUACAGUGAUCAUAAACCAAAAUCAAGUAAUUAAACAAGGAGGAAAUUAUGUACAAACUCAUGUCAUUAAGACAAUUCAGCAGCCUCCGGCACUUGCAGCAGCUUCAAAUGGAUUCGUUCAAAUGAAACAAAAUGCACUUGUUGCACCUACGAAUAAUGCACCCGCUUUAGUAAGUCCCGUAAAGUUUCAAGCGAUUCCAAUGAAACAAACCGUAAUUAUAAGUCCACCAAAAAUAUCAACAGCUUCUGCUUCUGCUCUCAGUCCUCAAAAACACUCACCGAACUUGGUAUCACAAAAUAUUAUUAAAGUGGUCCAAGCAACAACACCACCACCUUUAUUACAAACUAUUUCUCAGCCGAAAGAACAAAUUGCUGUAAAUCAAACAUCAGUAAUAACAAAACCGUCACCACCAAUUAUAGUAAAUUCAACUUCCAUAAUGUCUCCAAACAAAAAUAGUAACAAUAAUCCAAAUGUAAAUUUAUCAGCGCCAGUUCUUCCCAUAAAAACGAAUGUAAUUGUAUCACCACCGUUGAAAAAUAAGAAUAAUCCAAAUGUUGAAUCCUCAAGUCCACCAGAAACAAAGAAGCAAUGCACAAAAUUUGAAUUUCAAUGCAUUUUCUGUCAGGCUUCAUUUAUUAAUGAGCCAAAGUUAUUAAUGGAACACAUGAGAGAGCAUCAUGCAGAGAAAAUUCCUCAGCAAAAUGGCUUCAAACCGACAGACAACAUUGAUGAGGCUAAAGUAACCUUUCAGGAACCAAAACGAGUACUUUUUGAGGAUCUACCUAAAUUUGAUAUUUCGAACAAAUUAUUCAUAAAUAAUGAGAAAUAUGACAGUAAAAUGGAAACAGAUGAUUCUGAUUCGGCUUCGUCCACAUUAAGUGACAAUGAGGAUGUUUCAGACGAUGGAUCCGAUUUAGAUGACGAUGACGAGGAGGAAGUACGCGAUCUCAUAAUGGAUUUAGAGAAUCCACAGGAAAAUUUCGAUGAUAGCAGCGAGGAUGAAUUAAAUGUUCAAGAAGUAGAAGAAAAAGCAAACAGCAGCAGCAGUAGUAGUUCAAGUAGUAGUAGUAGCAGCUCAGACAGCAGUUCUGAUAGCGACGGAAAUGACAGCGAUGAUGAAUCAAGUCAGGACAGAAGUAAUACACCAGAAUCUCCAGAAUUUGAGGAACAUGUUCCAGAAAACAUCGGUGAAAAUAAUCCAGAAUCAAAAGAUGAUUAUGAAGAAUAUACAGGCGACAAUUAUGACUUAGACAUUCUCUCGAUAUUACUAGAACCAUUCGUAGAUCUUCGAUGCGGCGAAUACCACGAAGAAAAUUCACAAGAAGAAAACGAAGCGAUGAAACUGUAUCGAGAAGCGAUGGAGAUAAAUUACGAACAAAAUGGAAUUAAAAAACGUGGACGAAGAAAGUCACGAGCACCGAAAGCAGCAAAUGAGCCGUUGUCAAUGAAUGGCAUAUUAGCAAAUCUUCUUGAUACUAGCAUAAAAAUUCCCCAAGGUCCAGGAAGAGGCAGACGAAAAGAAGUGAAUGAGCAGGAAUUGGAGAUGGAUCGAAGCAAUGGAAUUUGCUUUUUCCAAUGUACUCAGUGCGAUAAAUCAUUCAAAUUUGCUGGCGACUUGGCCAAACAUGUUCGAUCGCAUACAAUUAGUUCUCCUUAUCGAUGCUCGAUAUGCGGCAAAGUUUUCACUCACAUUGGCAGCUUAAACACUCAUUUGCGAAUACAUUCUGGUGAAAGACCAUACAAAUGUAAAUUUUGUGACAAAUCCUUUACUCAAAGUAAUUCCUUAAUGGUGCAUGUAAAGUCGCAUUUAUCAAAUAAGCCGUUUAGCUGUAACCAAUGUAAUAAAGGAUUUCUUAAUGCAUCAAGUUUGGCAUUGCAUCAAAAAACUCAUACAGGACCCGUCGCAGUCGUGAUUUGUCCAAUUGACAAUUGCGGGAAGGAAUUCCGUGAUAAUAAUUUACUCGAAGAGCACAUGCAGACUCAUAAGCAGUCAUUGCUUUAUCAAUGCUCACAGUGUAUGGAGAAAUUCGAACAAGCAUGUCAGUUGGUACAGCAUGUAAAGAUUCAUGUUGGAGAUAAACCAUUCCAGUGUACGAUUUGUUCACGAGCAUUCACACAACCAGGCAGCUUAAAUACGCAUUUAAGGAUUCAUACAGGCGAAAAGCCAUUCUCAUGCACGUUAUGUCCGAAACGCUUUACGCAAGCAUCAAGUCUCAGUGUACACAUGAAGAUUCAUGGCGAAAAAGAGUUUAAAUGUGAGAUUUGUAACAAAUCUUAUAAUCAAGAAGCUUUCCUUCUUAAGCAUAAGUUGAAACAUCAAGAAAACAAUACGGAUAGUAGUGAGGCAGGUCACGAGUUGACUCUCGCAUCACAAGAAUGACUGAUCGAUCUCCAAUCUUUCCAAAAUCUAUAGGCUAUUAUGAAAUCAAUGUGGCAAAAACUUGUAAUUGGAAAUUAAAACAAAAACAUAAAAGCUCCUUCAUGGAAAUCAGUAUUUUUAGGUUGUAUGAAGCAUUAAUUAUCUGAAAUUGGCGUAUAGACUUAAAUAAAUGCUCAAAAAUAAUGUUGAAAUUUAUCUCUUUCAAAAAAAAAAAUGUUUAAUAAUAAUAAUAUUGAUGCAUAGAAAAUUUAAGAUGAUUCAAUUAUUUUAAUUUAAACAAAACCAGUUUUUUAUUUACGUCCAUAGUUCAUUUAAUUAAAUUAUCAGCGAUUUGGAGUGUGAUUUUAGCUUUAAAAGUAUGGUAAUGAUACUUAAGUAGUUAGCAG